AUGUCACGGUUGCUAGCGCUAUUCUUUGCUGUCGGCGCGGAUGCAGCCACCUGCGGUGAUCUGAAGGCUUUCUACAAGAGCGAGCAGUGCUGUGGCGCGCCCACCCAGGCACUGUCUGUAACACCACCUGGCUGCCCUUACAACUUUGCCAAGCCCGCUUGCAGCAGCGCGGAGCCUCAGACGCCUCGUGACCUGACGCCGGGCGCGUCCGGCACGAUGACACCCAAGGCAGCGACCCUGAACGACGCACAGGCCAACUUCCUCCCGCUUGUGAACGUGCACUUCCACCUGGGUGCUGAGCACAAGUCAGAGUCCUACAUGAACUCCACCGAUGCCGAUGCUUAUGAUGCGGCAUCCUCCGGCCGCCGCCUUGCGGAGAACCCGCGGCCCGGCUUCAUGUGCGCUACCGAGAACCUGACUGCUGCGCAGAUGGCGCCGUACACCUUUCAGCACUGCAAGGGAGACGUGGCAGUGGGCAAAUCCUACGAAAUCCACUACGUGCACUCCUCCGCGGGCACGGACGCAGAUCCCACAGAUGCCAUCAACGCA